AUGCCGGCCGAAAUUCUAUGCCCGCAACCCCGGCGCCCACUCAAACGAAAAUUCAUUGACAACGACAACGACAACGACGGCUGGCCGUCGAUCAAAUCAAAGCGCACCCUCCUCGAUUUCUUUCCUGAUUUCUCUGCUCCCUCCGACUCUGAACCACUUUUACGCUGUCGCUCUGACAGCUUCUUGUUGCAGACAAUGUCACCCCGUUUGAAUCCCCCCCGAAAAUGCCGUGCACCGCCUCGUCACCAAGAUGAGCUCCCAGCUCACCUUCACAGCAUACCCACCGAUGUCAACAACCCUUCCCAGCUUUGCACCUCUCCAGCCACCCCGCCAUCGACCUACAUUGGAGAAUCGCCGCCUGAUCUACUCUUGGAAGGCAGUUCCCCUCUCGCCAGUAGGGAAGCAACCCCUACAGAUAGCAGAAGAUCAUCCCCUCGCGUCAGAGAUCCUUGUUAUCGCAGUACACUACGCCGCAACAACAUCGAGAUAGGCCCUGUCAAAGUGCCUUUGUCUAUCCGAGAGUAUGGCCGGCAAAUCAUCGAGCGACCCAGGGAUUCCCCCACUCUUCCGGAAUUUCAAGUCGAAUCUAUGGUGUCAACAUUGCGGUUACUGAGAGAUGCGGAUGAAGGGAUCAUCAACAAUGGAUGCACCAUACUUCAGCUCUUCCCUAAUACCUUCCUCGAUUACCAGGGCAAGGUCAACGCAGGCAGCAAUAUCCCUCUCUCUCUCUCCACACUUCCACGAGUUUCUCUGGUUCCUCCGCCUUCGAAUCCGAGGCCUGAUUAUCACUACUGCUUAGAUCCCGACAGCUUUUCAGCGGAGGAACUGGAAAAACAGGCCCUCGCAGACCUCCAGCCAUAUGCGCAACCGAGUACUGCUGGUUUCUGGCCGUUCCUCGUAAUGGAGUGCAAAUCGCAGUCUCGCGGCGGGAACUUUUAUGUGGCAUCCAGUCAGAAUGCUGUGGCAGGAGCAAUAUGUGUGAACUCGAUGGAGAAAUUACUAACCACUGCUCAGACCGUGCACACUGAGAUCGAUUCCGUCUGCUUCUCUUGCAAUAUAGAUGCCGAGCGCGCCGAAGUCCAUAUCCAUUACUUCCAGAACGGACGCUUCAUCAGCGCAGAACUUGAGGACUUUAACUUCAAGGCGGCAACAGAUGUCGUCCACUUCCGAAACUGUGUCAGAAACAUGGUUGAGUUCGGCUUCAAAGAUCGCCUUCCCCAAAUUCAAGCUCUCUUGGCCAAGAUCCCUCUCCCUCCAGUCUGA